AUGAGUCUCCGAAACGCGCAGCACGGCACAUGCGCGCUCUUGGCUGCGGCUUGGCGGCGCGUCUCCCGCCUUGGCAGCCACCACGUCAACUUCGUCUCUCUCCACUACGCCUACUUCAUCUUCGUCUCCUUGUUCAGCUCCGUCGUGUUUUGGCUGCUGUCGGCGCCAAAACUCUCCGUCGCUUAUGUUGACAGCCUGUUCAUGGUCGUGUCCGGCGUCACGGAAACCGGUCUCAACACCGUCGACCUCAGCAAACUGACGACGGCACAACAGGUCCUGCUCUGCUUGCUGAUGAUCUGUGGCAGUGCCGUAUGGGUUUCAAUAUGGCUUGUUUCCGCGAGAAAACGCUCAUUUCGCCGGCUUCUAGCUCGAAAUGGCCUGUCUCGGCCUCCAUUGGACCGUCGACAGGGCGUCCAUGUACCCUAUCCUGGCGCCUACCAGAAUGCCUCGGACAGUGAAGCCCGUGAGGCAAAAGCGACCGAGGGCGAUGCAGAGCCGUUCGAGGGACUGUCGGUACAGGCAUCCCGUCUCAGUCCUCCUGCACCUCUGGGGAGCCGCAACAGACGUUUGCUCAACCCUGGCUCUGAACAAGCGCUUGGCGAACCCUUGGAGGAACCUACGCCCAACCCUCUAGCGUUCCUGACAAGCAAGAACAUGGGACGAAACGGCGAUUUCAUCAACCUGACUGCCGAAGAGAGGAUCCAAGUCAGUAGCAUCGAGUACAAAGCCCUUCAACUACUCUCUCUCGUUGUUCCGCUGUAUUUUACCCUCUGGCAAGUCCUUGGCUGCCUCGGCCUGGGAGCUUGGAUUGCCACAAACCAACCGCGCCCGGCUUUGGAAAACGGCAUCAAUCCAUGGUGGCUCGGCAUAUUCAACGGCGUCUCUGCCUUCAACAACUCCGGCAUGUCGCUGCUCGACGCCAACAUGGUGCCGUUUCAGGCGGCCUACUAUGUCUUGGUGACCAUGGGCCUUUUAAUUCUGGCCGGGAAUACAGCCUACCCGAUAUUUCUUCGGUUCCUCCUUUGGUCUGUGUUAAAGGUCCUGCAUGUCUUCCCUGAAGGACCCCUUGUCACUGAAUGGCGGUCGACCCUCGAAUACAUCCUGCGCUAUCCUCGCCGUGUCUACACAAACUUGUUUCCUACGCAGCACACCUGGUGGCUUGCCUUCAUGGUACUUAUGCUUAAUGGAAUAGACUGGGCGGCAUUUGAGCUUCUCAACAUCGGAAACCCCGUCAUCUCUGCCAUACCCUUUGGACCGCGCAUCAUGGACGGGCUCUUCCAGGCUGUCGCGGUCCGAUCGGGAGGCUUUUACAUUGUCCCCAUUGCCAAGACACACAUUGGCCUUCAAGUGCUCUAUGUCAUCAUGAUGUACAUUUCCGUUUACCCAGUCAUCAUCACCAUGCGCAACUCCAACGUGUAUGAGGAGCGCUCCCUGGGACUAUUUGCCGUCGAGUCAACCAAAGACGAGGAAUACGUCGAUACAUACGCCAAGGCUCUCAGGUCGUUGAGAACAAGGCGGCUGUUCAUCUCGCAGCAAAUUAGGGGUCAGCUGGCCGAUGACAUUUGGUUGCUCGCACUGGCCACAUUCAUCAUCACCGUCAUCGAAGCGCCGCAUUUUGCCGAAGAUCCAGUAUCAUAUAGUGUUUUCAACAUUAUAUUUGAGAUUAUAUCCGCAUACGGCUGCGUUGGAAUAUCCGUCGGCUCACCCGGUGCCAAUUACAGUUUUUGUGGCGGUUGGCGCGCCGGCAGUAAGCUGGUGGUUUGCCUUGUCAUGUUGAGAGGCCGGCAUAGAACACUGCCCGCCAGUCUGGAUUAUGCGGUACGUCCUGCCGGAAAGAACAUACAACAAGAGGUACUCGAGGAGCAUCAUUAG